CCAGGCACCUGCCAACAUGGAAGGUGGUGACGGCGGCGUCUCUGUGGCUGGCCAAGGGGCUCUGGGCUCUGGGGCGGUGACGGCGACAGUCCGGGAGCUUCUGCAGGACGAGUGUUACAGGGAUUUUUUAAAUGAAGACUUUGAUGUAAAGACUUAUACUUCCCAGUCUAUUCAUCAAGCCGUAAUUGCUGAACAGCUAGCAAAACUUGCCCAAGGAAUCAGUCAGUUGGAUAAAGAAUUACAUCUACAGGUUGUUGCAAGGCAUGAAGAUUUACUAGCACAAGCAACUGGUAUUGAGUCUUUGGAAGGUAUGUUUCCAUUAAUAUUGAACAUUGUGAUAUUUGCACAGGUUGCCUGUGAUUUGCUUCGGAGAAUAAUUCGCAUCUUGUAUCUCACUAAGAGACUCCAAGGACAACUGCAAGGGGGAAGUAGAGAGAUAACAAAAGCUGCUCAGAGUCUUAAUGAACUUGAUUAUCUUUCUCAAGGAAUAGAUCUUUCUGGAAUAGAAGUAAUAGAAAAUGAUUUACUUUUUAUUGCAAGAGCUCGACUUGAAGUGGAAAAUCAAGCUAAACGCCUCCUGGAACAGGGUGUAGAGACACAGAAUCCAACCCAAGUCGGAACAGCUCUUCAGGUUUUCCAUAAUCUUGGAACUUUGAAGGAUACUAUUACCAGUGUUGUGGAUGGAUAUCGUGCUACUUUAGAAGAACAUAUCAACAGUGCGUUAGACAUCAAAGUUCUGACUCAGCCUUCGCAGUCAGCUGUGAGAGGGGGACCUGGACGAUCUACUAUGCCAACCCCAGGAAACACUGCAGCUUUUCGUGCCUCCCUCUGGACCAAUAUGGAGAAACUUGUGGAUCAUAUUUGUACUGUUUGUGGACAGGUACAACAUCUACAAAAGAUAUUAGCCAAGAAGAGAGAUCCUGUUUCUCAUAUUUGUUUCAUUGAAGAGAUAGUUAAGGAUGGACAAGCUGAAAUUUUGUACACUUUUUGGAAUUCUGUUACUCAGGCACUUUCUUCUCAAUUCCGCAUGGCAACAGAUUCUUCUAUGUUUUUGAAACAGGCAUUCGAAGGAGAAUACCCUAAAUUAUUACGUCUUUAUAAUGACUUAUGGAAGCGUCUUCAACAAUACAGCCAAAAUAUGCAAGGAAACUUUAAUGCAAGUGGAACUACAGACCUCUAUGUUGACCUACAACAUACUGAAGAUGACACACAAGACAUCUUCAUACCAAAAAAGCCAGAUUAUGACCCAGAAAAGGCUUUGAAAGACUCACUGCAACCCUAUGAAGCUGCUUAUUUAUCAAAAUCUCUAUCUCGACUCUUUGAUCCUAUCAACUUGGUUUUUCCCCCUGGUGGUCGCAAUCCUCCUUCCGUGGAUGAACUUGAAGGUAUCAUUAAAACUAUAGCAAGUGAACUAAAUGUAGCCGCUGUAGAUGCAGACCUCACAUUAGCUGUGUCAAAAAACGUGGCAAAGACGGUCCAGUUGUAUGGUGUAAAAUCAGAGCAGCUUCUCUCCACACAAGGAGAUGCAAGCCAGGUGAUUGGGCCUCUUACAGAAGGGCAGAGAAGAAACGUGGCAGUAGUGAAUUCACUGUAUAAGUUGCACCAAUCAGUAACAAAGGUGGUUUCCAGUCAGAGCUCCUUCCCACCAGCAGCUGAGCAAACUAUAAUGUCAGCUCUAAAGACAAUCCAUGCUCUUAUGGGAAGCGCUCUGCAGCCCUUACUGACUUCAGUGGGAGAUGCCAUAGAGGCCAUAAUCAUCACCAUGCAUCAAGAAGAUUUUUCUGGGUCACUAUCCAGCUCGGGAAAGCCUGAUGUUCCUUGUUCUCUGUACAUGAAGGAGCUUCAGGGUUUCAUUGCCAGAGUUAUGAGUGACUACUUUAAACACUUUGAAUGCUUGGAUUUUGUCUUUGACAACACAGAAGCUAUUGCCCAAAGAGCAAUUGAACUUUUUAUUCGCAAUGCCAGUCUCAUACGACCUCUUGGUGAAGGUGGGAAAGUACGACUUGCUGCUGAUUUUGCUCAGAUGGAGUUGGCUGUGGGUCCUUUCUGCAGAAGAGUUUCUGAUUUAGGAAAGUCCUAUCGAAUGCUGAGGUCAUUCAGACCGCUGCUCUUCCAGACGAGCGAGCAUGUGGCCAGCAGCCCCGCGCUGGGGGACAUUAUUCCGUUCAGCAUCAUUAUUCAGUUUUUGUUUACCAGAGCACCCGCUGAGCUGAAGUCCCCUUUUCAGAGGGCAGAAUGGUCCCACGCACGCUUCUCCCAGUGGCUGGAUGACCACCCGUCUGAAAAGGACCGGCUCCUCCUCAUCAGGGGAGCUCUGGAAGCUUAUGUUCAAUCGGUAAGAAGUAGAGAAGGCAAAGAAUUUGCACCAGUUUACCCCAUAAUGGUGCAGCUGCUUCAGAAAGCCAUGUCUGCUCUUCAGUGACGGCGGCACUACUUCCCCAUCUCCCUCGCCCGGCCCCGGCUCCAGGCUGCAGUUCGCCUGGGAAACGCGCACUCUAGAACCAGCUGCCGUCCACGGCUUUCUGUAGUCGGCCUCUCUCUGUUCCCUGUUAUCUUCCACUUACCUCUUCAGCCCGUCUCCCUUUAGCGUAAAAUGUCAAAAUUUUCUGCUUUUAGAGGGAUCUGAUCAAGUUACAAAUACCCCGCUGCUCCCAAUUAACCUUUGCCCUCACUAGGUAAGUGUGUAGCCCAGUGACUUCCAAAUCUGACUGCACAUCAGAGUCGCUGCUGGAAAGCUUUCGAAAUCCUGAUGCCCCCUGUGUACCCCUGGUGACACCUCUGGGGGUGCGAACCGGGCAUUAGUUUUUAAAAACAUCCCCGGGUGUUUCCAAUAUGCAGUGAAUUCUGGGAACCGCUGCUAUCUCCCAAAGCUAAGACAUAGGGUCAUACGUUAAGUCUGUCUUACAGUAUCUUUAAUAAAGACAGAGCACGCCUGUCCUUA